CGGCAGCAGACGGGCCAUGCCGGCCGGAGCCCGGCCAGGGGGGAAUUAACAGCCCCAGGAUGGUGCUGCGGCCAGGUCCGAGCCUCGCCCUGCAGGUAUUUAUCCUCUGGAUCGGCCCCAUCUCGGCUUCUAUCCAGGAUCAAUACUGUGAAAAUUUAUCUCCAAUCAGUAACACCACCGGUCUCCAGUGCAACGCAUCAAUAGACUUGAUCGGUACAUGCUGGCCCCGGAGCGCCGCGGGGCAGCUAGUGGCCCGCCCUUGCCCCGAAUACUUCUACGGCGUCCGAUACAACACCACAACCACGCUCUCCCUGGAACGAACCUGGGGCUCCGACUCCCUGGGAAUCUCCCCUUUCACUGGAGAGCACAAUCCAACUAAGGAAGAAGAGCAACAGGACAUGCAGGAUUCACAGUGCAAAUGGCUGGGUACCAAUGCAAUGAAUUCCGUCCAACAGUUCAAGGAUUGCGUGCUAGGGACGUAA